GACCAAGGCGAUUGGCGAUAUCCAUCAGUGACCUCCCGGAGCACUCCCGUCCGCGAUACAACAUGUCAUUCAUCCCCAGUUCUGCAGCAUCGUCGGCAACAUCGCCUUCCAUCACAGGCGCCUCGUCUCUUCUCCCUUUGCUCGCGCAAACUUCCUCGCUCUCCUUGCAGAUCUCUCAGACUCGGGUAGGCACAGCUCUCCUAGCCCAACUACUAGAAUCUUCCGUCAUCAACCCGCACCAUCCUACUCACGCUCAGCAGCACCUCGACUUUGACGGCCAGGAAGCUCCUCCAGACACGCCUGGUAGGCGCGUGGACAAACUACCCUUCGCGGACAUUGUUGGCAUGGUGCGCGAUGCGCCCGCCGCCGUUCGAUCCCUCCCCAUCGUCGCAGUCGAGUCAUUUCAGAAAGGUGGUGAGAACGUGGGCUUGGUCCCUCAUCGCUACUCCGUCAUCACCAUCACACAUCCCCACGAUGGCCCGCCUACGUUCAUGAAGCUCCACCUCCGCGCCGUCGGAGAGAAUGUUCCCGUGCUCACUGCAGAGCUAUCCGACGACCGCAGUGCCCUCAUCCGCCCGUGCGACCGCCGUCUCGCCGCGCUUGAACUCUCACCUGGGCACCCGGUGCAAGGCGGACCGUCCCUCGACGCUCUCGCCCAACUCCUCGACAUCAUCCAACAGCGUGUGGGGCGGUACGACGUCCACGGACGCAACUGCCUUUGGUUGGCGGACCUCGUGCUCUUCGGGAGCGCCCUGAAGUUCAGCAAGCAUUGGCUCGCUGAGGGCCGGAUCUCCCCCGACCAACCCAUCCGACAGUACCUACGAGGAGAGAUCGACGUCCUCGCCGCUACGACGCAAUGCUUCCUUCCUCCGGGGCUGCCGUGGUGGCUCGGGAACGUCUAUGCCGCGCUGGGAAAGACCUUCGGGGCGUUCAACAUGCAUGACGAAGUCGCGAAUGUCGUGAGAGAGUGGAAGGACUACCUUGCGGCCGCUCCGCUCAAUUAUGCAUUACUUGGUGUGGCGUAG